AUGCCAGCCAUCACGCUUCCGCUAAGUUUUAACAACUCGUUCUGGACCCAAGACUACCGACGUGGGCUCGAGACGCUAUUCAACAAGCUAGAGCAGGGCGUCUUGGAGAACGAGGAAAUCACCAACUUUAUCGAGGCUCGUGUCAAUGCAGAAUUUGAUCUCGCACAAGCUCUGACGAUGCCAGUCGCCUCGGCACCGCGAGGCACGGGGUUCGCCGCAGAUGACGGUGCAUCGCUUCUCAUGGCGUUCUGGGGCCUCAAGCAGGAGACCAAGGCCCAGGGAGACGGACAUAGGGCCGUGGCGAACGACCUGCAAGCGUUGGCGCUCCAGCCGUUUGCUUCAUGGUCAAAGGGACACGCGCAGCGCGUAAAGGAUGCAAAGAUUAACGUGCUAGAUCUCUGGGUAGGCGAUUAUGAGCAAGCGCUUGAAGAGGUCAACAAGCUCCGCGAGACGUAUUAUUCCAAGACGCGUAAAGCAGACGAGGCGGAAGAUGAUGCCAAGUUUGCACCGAAUACGGAUUACAGCGACCACUACACCGCAACCUCUCCUCGCCAAAACGGGAGGAAUGCAGUAGUCAACCGGACGCCAAGUGUCUCGGAGCGUAUCGCGGAAAGACUCAGAGAGCUGCGAGGAAACAAGGCCGAAGGCGAAGACGCUUCUUCUGUGACGGUCCUGCACUCUGAGGACAAGGCUGACGGAGAAAUAACCCCAACCCUCCCUAAGGUUGACAAAGGCAAAGGCAAAGCUGUCGAAACCUCGUCUCCAUUGGCAAUGAGUCCUGUUGCUGCUUCUGCACCUCUCCCACCAGCCAAACCAGAACCCAUGCUUCUCGCUGGAAUUGCAAUGAGCCCAGCAGCUGUAUCUGCACUCCUCCGUCGAGCACGCGACGAGUUGCCUCUCCGCCCGGUGCGACUACCCAUCAUUGGCGAAUAUCCAGAUUGCUUUACUGGAGAGGAAUUCGUCAACUGGUUACGAGAGAAUGUGGAAGCCUUUGGUGGUAGUCUUGAUCACGCUGCAGAAGCUGCUCGCGAGUUAGGGGAGGAUGAGGGACUGCUCAGGCGCAUCGGAGAGAUUGGCAACGUCUUCGAGGUAUCCAACGAAGCCUUCUAUCAAUUCCGCCCAAAGGCCUUUAAUCUCGAAGAGGCGCGAGCAGACAAUCUAAAAGCGCCUGCCGCUAAUCUUCAGCCGAUGGCGGACAAUCUCCUCAAACGAUCUGGCACCCUUGCCAACUUUGUGAUGAAGCAGAUCAAAAGCAACAGUAACAUUCCACCACAUGUCAAGGCCAGACAGGAAGCCCAGGAAGCGGAUGAGGCAUACAAGAAGGCGGUUCGACAACUUGACCGACAAAGGCUAGCUCUCGAAGACCGAAUUGAAGAGACAUUAAAGCUUCUUCAAAAAUGGGAGCUGGACCGACUCAGGAUCAUCAAGGACGUUCUCCUCAAGUAUCACGCCACGCUGAGCAACACUCCAUCGCACAUUCAGCCUUCGAUGGAGAGAGCAUCAACCUUGAUUGCAUCGUAUCAGCCGGAAUCUGACUUGAACGCUCUCAUCGAACGCUAUAGGACUGGUCCCUUCCGUCCCGCACCCCAUAUCUACGAAUCUGUGUCGCACGAUAUGAUAGAUGUUAGCUUUGGGUUUGACUUGAGAAGAUGGGCUGGAGAGAGUGGAUGGGCUGCCGUUCGUGUGCCGGAGGAUGAAAAGAAACCGAAUGCCAUUCCGCCACUUCUGAGGAGCCUCCUCGAGGCGUUAGAAAAGGCUUACACCAAGCUUCCAACUGACGAAGACAAGCGACGAACAUGGAUUUAUGAGAUCCCUCUUCCAGUCCUUCAUCAUCUCCGUGAAGCCCUUAACUCCCAGCCACCCGACACUGAGGUUCCGGUCGAAUUCUUUGAGAAGGUGGAUGCACCCGUUCUUGCUGGCAUCACUCGGUUAUGGCUACUUGAACUCGACCCUCCUGUGUGCAUGUGGGAAGGAUGGGACGACAUUCGCAAGAUUUAUCCUGCAGUGGGCGCAAAGUUGGAGGUGUCAGAAGCUCAGCACAUUGAGAAUGUUCAGAAUGCGCUGUUCAAGGUUCCGAAGGUUCACCUCUACGUCCUGGAUGCAGUCAUCAAGCAUCUCAAAAAGGAUCCGGAAAUCUAUCUCACCAAGCUUGCAUUUUCUCUCGGUCGCGCUUUGUUGCGUCCCAGGCAAGAGACACAUAUUUCCAUUCAGGACCGUCACCCAACCCUUCUUUUCAUUGAUCUCAUCAAGCACUACGAUGCUAUUUUGCCACCAACUGUCACCAAGAAGAAGCGGGAGUCCGAGAAGCCCUUGCCUGUGCGCAAGCGCACUACUCUGGUUGAUCAACGCAUCAACCGUCGCAGCGUCGCAGCAAAUCCAAAGCAACUAUUGGAGGCUCGUGAGGCGCAGAUCCGUGCCCCAAGCCCGCGUCCAGAGAUUGUUACGAAACCACCGACGCCCCCUCCAGCAAAGCAAAAGGACACUGACCUGCCACCAAGGCCAAAGUUCACAACGCCACCUCCUGAGCGUGAUGAACCAGCAACUGCCAGCCAAGCGGCACCAGUCGUUGUGCAACCCACUUCAACGGAACAAGCCCAGUCGCCGACAAGUCCCAAGCAACCCGCGUCGCCACCUAUGGAUGUAGGAAAGGCAUCACUCUUGGAAGACAAGCCCGCGGCCUCGGGAGCAAGCUUGACCCGGUCAGGUUCUGGAGAGACGUCAAGGGUACGAAAGCCAGGAGGUGCCCGUGGUCCUCGCGCCGCUCCAGGUGCUGCAGCUUCGGGAGGAUCCUACGUUCAUCAUCGCCUGAGUUCCUACGGCUCGGCGGCUGGUGAUGCAGCUGCAAGACCAAAGAGCCCGAUCACGCCAGUUGCGGAUCCAAAGGAGUAUGUCCCUAAGAAGAAGGACGGAAGGACGAGCGCUGGUACGUUCGCCAGACUAUCACAUGCGGAAGGCGGUGAUGAUACCAAAUAA